UCGCGUCGGCUCCGCACGCGCCCGCCCUCCGCCCUACGCCGGUACGGGCAGAAAAAAAAAUAACAUCGAUUUUUGAACGCGUACGUACGGUGCUGUGACUGUGUGACUUGUGUAUGUGUGCAUGAUAUAAAAAAUAGUGAUGUGACAAAAAUUUGAAUUUGGAAUUACUACAAAUAUUUGUGUUUCAUCUUCAAACAACGAAAACAGAUGAGGAGAAUUCUGUUAACUAUACAUGUGAACGCUGACCGUACCGAAAUUAAAUCGACGGAGCGGAAACUGUGCUGAAAAAUCGUAGCCAGUGAUGUGUGAGAUUAUGUGCAGUCACGUAAUCUAGCUAUGACUGUGGCAUUUUUGUUCGGGGCUCUUGGUGCUUUGGCGCUGGUCACGCAUACAGGUUGCACUGACAAUGCAAAUGGACUGGGCAGCGAUGGAGUGCCAGAAAUUGACUAUACUGACGUGGAUCUUGGCCUGACACAGCGGGGACCACACUUCGAUAUUGCAUACUCGAAGAACGUGACCGCACUAGUUGGGAAGACUGCACAGCUGAACUGCCGAGUUCACGAUCUUGGGAACAGAACAGUAUCAUGGAUUCGACACCGGGAUAUACAUCUAUUGACGUCUGGGAGGAUGACAUACACAUCUGACCAGAGGUUUAUCAGUGUACACAAUCCUCACACUGAGGAUUGGAUCUUAAAGAUAAGAUUCCCACAGCGCCGAGACUCGGGCGUGUACGAGUGUCAAGUUGGAACCACUCCGCCCAUUGGACAUCGAAUGUUCCUCUCCGUUGUCGCAGAACCUUUGACGACGAUACUGGGUGGACCAGAGCUGUUCAUCAACACAGGAAGCACUAUCAACCUUACCUGCGUGGUGCAGCAUUCUCCAGAACCACCACCGACCAUCAGGUGGACUCACAGUGAUGAGGAGAUCAACUACGAUUCUCCCCGCGGUGGAGUGUCAGUGAUCACGGAGAAGGGUGAGACGACGACGUCUCAUCUCCUGGUGCAGAGAGCGAAGGCUCCUGACUCUGGCAGGUAUACCUGCGCGCCAGCUAAUGCCAACCCUCGUUCGGUUCUCGUCCAUGUUCUAAGUGGUGAACAUCCAGCUGCCAUGCAGCACGGUGGUCAGCUCCGUCUUCAGUAUCCACUGUCGGCAGCACUCCUCAGCGUAAUAGUGACCCUCAUGGGCUGCUAGUAAUAAGUGGUUUUGUGUUCAAUUUAUGACGUCAUGACAGUCAGACACCAUGUGUUCUGACGUCACAAUGAUAUCAGAUUUACUGGACCUUUAUAAUCUUGCGCUCUUAAGUAUCCCAUUUAGUUUGACAUAAUGUAUAGUGUUGUAUUACGAAUCCUUAUAAAGAAUUAAUAAAAAUAGAAAUUGGACUGUAUUUUUGAAAGGAAAAAAUUUAUGGAAAAGGCAGGAGAAAUACGAUUCGCCUAGGAAGAACGUCUUCCACACCCCAAAGUAAGCAAAGUAACACCAAACUUACUCACCUUCGCUCAGGAACAUCCCGAUGUGUAGUACAGUUUAGUGGCCACGCACUCU